AUGAGGGCGAAGGCGGCAAAACAUGGUCAUAAAAAGGCACCCCACAUUGCGCCGUCGGCGGAUACAGUGCAGUUCUGGAACUGCUUGAAGAAGGGCGAUGUUGAGGGGCUCGAGGAGAUCCUGCUGACCCGCAUAGAAGACAAAGAGACCGGCGCUGUGACAUUGGCGGUGAACAGCAAUGUUGCCAGCUUGCUUGUAAAUCGUCCCAACGCAAAGAAUAUGCUUCCACUGUCGUAUGCAGUGAGGCAGCGAAUGGAUGAAGCAGGGCUGCACCUACUGCUUCGCGCCGGUGCCAAUGUCGACGCUGCUGAGGAUUCUGCUGAGCGCUCCACUGCCCUUCAUACAGCGUGCUGGGGCGAAGACGACGCUGCGGUGGCGCUGUUUUUGCGUUGCGGUGCAAACCCUCUCGUUACGAACGCGGAAGGCAGCACGCCACUCCAUGUCCUCACCUCGCUAAAUGCUGCAGAGUUGUUUUCAUACUUUCUUGAGACUGCCACCGCGCAGAACACAGAUUGUCAGGGAGGGCUUCUAUGCUUAGACGGUCGCUCUCGUGUUGUUGUGUCGGCGUUUGAGUUGCUUGGCAAGAAAGAUGUGUCCGGCUUCACGGUGUUGCAUAUCGCUCUGUCGGAGAUUGAGAGCGUGUCCGGUGGUGUCCUGGUGGAUCUCUUGGAUUUCUUGACACAUAUGGCGAACAUAGACCCAGCUGCGGUGGAGACUCUCGUGAACAUGGGGGCUGAGGCGGGGUGCACGCCGCUUCAUUUGCUUCUCUCGUCCUCAAGUCUCAACGAGGACGUUCUGCUUCGAAUAACGGAGCGUCUGUUGAAGCUUGGCGCGAACCCCGCUGCGAUGGACGAGUGUGGCCAUACCCCCCUUUCUGUUUUGCUCUUAACUCACUCAGGCGUCACCGCGAUGCGUGUGUUGUCGGUACUCCUGCAUGCGCUGCAAAAGAAAGGAAACAGGAAGGAGCUAGAGGAGGUGUUUCUUCGCCAUAGUGCAGUGAACGGAUUUGCGCUUAUUCAUCAUGCCAUUGUCACUCAAAAUGUGGAUGCCGUAAAACUUAUGGUAACGUUUCUUAAAUCUGUGGAUGGGGCAGAUGAAUUGCAGUACGUUCGGCGAUGGCUGGGUGAAGUCCUCACAAGAGACGGGGUACAUGUGGUGUUUAUGCUGGCCGAGCGUGCCUGCGAUGACAUUGCCCACGUAUUACUCAAUGCCAGUGCCAUUGAUGAGAGAGCGUAUAACUGCUGCAAGGAGAAUUGUAAAAAGCAAAGGGAGGAAAUGGAGAGCGAAGAGCGUGAGCGACGUGCUAAAGCGGAGGAGGAGGAAGAGGAAGAGGGCCGUAAUGGGAAUGGGACUCCUAGUGCCGAAAAAAACACUGGGGAUUAUUCCGGUUUUGGAGGCACUGCGAGUGUGGGGUCACGCGUUCAGCAGGCACGGAAAGCGAGAGCCCAUGCAGCGACACAGAGGAAGAAGCAAACACUACAUUGUGCGGAUUGUGGAAGCACGGAAGGGCUUGCAUUGAGUUGGCACUCCAAGUCCUUCUGGUUCUGUGUGGCGGUGGCGUUUUUGAUCGUCUGGCUUGUGAUGAGGAGUUGUACCUUUUUCAGAGAUGCACUGAAUAAAAUCUGA